CUUCCACCUGACAUAAUAUCAUGUGACCCAAACAAAAUGGAGGCGAUAAAAGCAAAUACUUUGAGAUGCCCUGUUUGUGCAGUGUUACACCUCCCACAAGAAGAAAACUUGAAAAAUGGCGUGUUCAUGGGGACCUGUCAAUCAUGUGGACAUUUCUUCAAGUUCAGAUGCAACACUGGGAUACAGUCUAGCAUUACGUUAACUAUUAAUGGGAAGUCCUACACUGUUGGAAGCGAAUAUUCGGGUUCCUCAUCAUUGAAUUCAUUUCUACGAGAAUCCAGAAUUAGCACAGGAACCAAGUACAUGUGCAGGGAAGGGGGCUGUGGAACAUGUCUUGUGCAGGUGGAAUUGUAUGAUCCGGUUUCCAUGGAAAGGAAGAGCUAUGCUGUGAAUUCAUGCAUGGUGCCACUGUUUUCCUGUAAUGGCUGGGAGAUUACCACCAUUGAGGGCAUUGAUUCCACCAGUGAAAAAGCUGUCCCAAAACGACUUGCUCAGUACAAUGGCAGUCAGUGCGGCUUUUGCAGUCCAGGACAAGUCAUGAAUAUGCAUGCCCUUCUAGACUUUCAUGAUGGAAGUGUCACAAAGGAAAUGGUUGAAGAUGCGUUUGAUUCUGUGAUCUGCCGAUGUACUGGUUUCAGAUCUAUUUUGGAUGCAAUGAAGUCCUAUGCAGAAGAAAAUAACCAGAAAGUUCCUGAUAUUGAGGACGUACACAUCAAACGCUGUGAUAGGACGGGGGAGCCCUGUAAGGGAUGCUGUCACAGACAGAGCUCGGUGCUGGCUUUAGGAGAUGUCCAGUGGUUCAAACCCACAAGUGUGGAUGAGCUUGUUAAAGUAAUCCAACAGAACAAGGGCAAGAACUACAAACUGGUGUUUGGAAAUACUGGGUAUGGAGUGUACAUCGAAUUAGGCCAAUGGAAUUAUGAUGUGCUUAUUGAUCUCAGGGAAGUACAAGAGAUGUAUGGCAUAGAUUUUGAUCCUACCAUUGUUUUGGGUGCCAAUCUGUCUCUGACUCAGCUAACGGAUGUUUUAUACCGAGGAUCAAAUGAACCACAGUUUGGAUACUUUAAGGAGAUGUGCAAGAUCCUUUCCAAUGUAGCAACCUCAUCUGUCAGAAAUCUGGGCACUUGGGCUGGAAAUCUGAUGUUAAAACACCAACACCCAGAGUUUCAGUCAGAUGUAUAUACCAUGCUGGAAACCAUCGGGGCUCAGCUAAAUAUUGUUGUGAAUGGUGAGACAAAGAUUAUUCCUAUCUCCCAGUUCCUGAGUCAAGACAUGACAGAUAACGUCAUUGUAGCCAUGUUCUUGAACUCCAUACCAGACAGUCAUCACAUCAGGAUCUACAAAGUCAACAAACGCAACCAGAAUGCCCAUUCAGACAUUAAUGCUGGGAUGAAUUUUGACAUUGAUGUAAACCAAAACUAUCAAGUGAAGAGCAAGCCAACGAUUGUAUUUGGAGGAAUAAGCAAAACAUUUGUGCAUGCCACAAAGACUGAAGAAUUCCUGGUAGGAAAAGCUCUUGGUGAUCCCAGUACAUUAAAAGGUGCUCUGACUAUGUUGGCCCAGGAAGUGGUUCCUGAUGACAGUGACCCAGUUUUAACCUCGGCUAGCUUCAGAAAGAAUGUUGCCAUGGGGCUGUUUUACAGGUUUGUGUUAGAUGUCGUGGGAAACAAGGCUGCCUCACCAUUCAGGAGUGGAGCUCUUCCCCUCGCCAGGCCUCUAUCGUCAGGACAACAGUCAUACGACACAAAACCCAUUGAAUGGCCACUAACUGAACCGAUGACGAAAGUCGAGGCCAUUAACCAGGCCUCUGGGAGAGCAGUUUAUAUCAAUGACAUUGCUGGACAACCAGGAGAGUGUUAUGCUGAGUUUAUCCUGAGUACAGAAGCCAACGCCAAAAUUCAGAGUAUUGACGCAUCUGCUGCCUCGACAGUGCCAGGAUUUCUUAAGUUUAUUGCAGCCAAAGACAUUCCUGGAGUCAACAAUAUAUCACCCCCACCAAUUCCAUCUGAAGAGGUCUUGGCCAGUGACAAAGUAGAAUUUUACAAUCAGCCAAUAGGAAUCAUUGUAGCAGAGAAUUCAGGUGCUGCUGGUUCCGCUGCAAGGAAAGUCAAGGUCACCUACACAGACAUCCAACCCCCCAUUCUAACCAUGGAGGAAGCCAUUGCAAAGAAUUCAAUAUUUCCCAAGGUGGCAGAUGAAUUCAAACUGGGAGAUGCAGAAGGUGCAAUCGCUAAAUCUGCUGUCAAGGUCACUGGUAGAAUUAAGUGUGGAACACAGUACCACAUGUCCAUGGAGACACAGAUCUCCAUCUGUAACCCGACAGAAGAUGGAUUUGAAGUGUAUUCCUCCACUCAGUGGGUAGAUGGAACCCAAAAGGCCAUCGCAAUGGUGUUGGGUGUGCCUGACAGCAGCAUCACUGUCAGUGUUCGACGACUAGGAGGAGCCUAUGGAAGCAAGAUAACCCGUAACUUUCCAGUGGCUGCUGCGUGUGCCCUUGCUGCGAAUGCCGUGAAAAGACCAGUUCGCCUGAAUGUUGACUUCCACGUGAACAUGAAGAUGCUGGGUAAACGAUUUCCAUGGAUGGCUGAUUACACGAUUGGUCUUUCAUCAGAUGGAAUGUUGGAGGGUGUAAAGAUGACCUAUUAUUCUGAUUGUGGCAUCAGCCCUGCUGAUAACAGUCUAGCAGGUUUUGCUAUAGGAAUGGACAAUGCGUACUAUUGUCCCAAUUGGCAUGUGAUUCCCGUGGCUCUGAAAACCAACACGCCCGCCAACACCGCGUGUAGAUCACCAGGUUCUUGUCCGACUAUAUUCAUAAUGGAGUCGAUGAUGGAGCACUGUGCAAAAGUCCUGGGCAAAGAUCCAACAGAUGUCAAGACACUCAAUCUUUACAAGAAGGGUCAGCUCACACCAUCGAAAAUGCCUCUUACUUAUUGCAACAUUAGAGAAUUAACAAGUCAACUUUUGACCUCUGUAGAUUAUGAAAACCGCAAACAGCAAGUGACAAGCUUUAACCAGGCCAAUCGUUGGAAGAAGAAGGGUUUGUCAGUGGUCCCUAUGAAGUUUGGGAUUGGGUGGACAACAGCCAACUAUACAGCUUUCGUAGCUAUCCAUGGCUAUGAUGGCAGUGUGUCCAUCACUCACGGUGGGAUCGAAUGUGGUCAGGGCAUAAACACAAAGGUGAUGCAGGUGUGUGCCUCUACCUUUGGUAUCCCUAUGGAUCUGAUCAAAGUGAAGCCAACAGACUCCCUGACCACGGCCAACAGUGUAACAACCGGGGGCAGCAUCACCAGUGAACUUUGUUGUAAGGCAGUGCUGCAUUGCUGUGAGGCUUUGAAUGAACGAAUCGCACCAGUGAGACAAAAGAUCCCUACCAAGCCCUGGAAGGACGUUAUAUUUCAGUGUUUCAGUGAAAACAUCGAUUUGUCAGAAAGAUACUGGCAAGUUCCAAACACUCCAUACCUAUUUGAGUACAAUUCCUAUGGCGUGACCUUGACCGAGGUCACAUUGGACAUACUGACUGGUCAGCAUAUCAUUGAUAGAGUGGACAUGUUGUUUGACUGUGGCGAGAGUAUGAACCCAGAAAUAGACAUAGGACAGUGUGAGGGAGCUUUUGUGAUGGGCCUUGGAUACUUCCUGCAGGAAGAAAUCAAGUACGAGCAGAAAACAGGACAACAACUGACGGAUGAUACAUGGGAAUACAAAGUUCCACUAGCAAAAGACAUCCCUGUUGAUUUCAGGAUUAAUUUACUGAAGAAUGCCCCAAAUCCAUUAGGAGUUCUUAGAGCUAAAGCCUGUGGUGAGCCCCCGUUAUGCAUGAGCUGCUCUGCCUUGUUUGCCAUUAAGCAUGCAGUGGAGGCGUUCAGGAAGGAUAUUGGAAAAGACACAUACUUUGCACUGGAUGCUCCAGCGACCGUUGAAAAGGUCCAGCAGUCUUGCAUGGUUGACCCAACACAGUUCAUUAUUCAGUAGAGGGCUUCUGGAGAUAACUAGACAGUGUGCCAUUAUUGUAGGACUCAGUACAUGUGAUGUUUAUAGCACUUUAGAUACAAUAAUUCAUGUAAUGUAUAUACUAGUGAGGAAAAUUAUGAACAAUUCGUAUUUAUAGACAAUGUGAACACCUGAGGUAACAUGAGUCAGUAUGUUAGAAAUUUAAUUGUAUACAUAUGUAAUGUAUUUCCUAUUGCCGAUUCCCAUGAAUAAUGUCGGGCUGUGGUUCACCUCAGACACAGGCAGUGGGUGUGAGGCUUCUUCAUUCCUUUACAAAAUUCAACAUCACACACUUACUGCCUUUGCUCUUGUUUUCAGGUUGGCAACUUAAUGGUAUUCAUAGGUGAUUUUGUGAUUUAUAGUUGAAAUAAUGAACCGUUUUAAACAAGUAAAAGUCAUGUAGAUAAUGCAUGUGUGAUUCAAUAUUUCAAGAUAACAUGAAUAUUAUUGAAAAGAUAUGUUACCAUUAACAAAAGCAUUCCAAGCUGUAGGAGGGAUUUUACUAGUUGUCUACAAUGAAAAUCAGCAUUGCAAAAGAGCAGAGUCAGCAUUACUAAGCAUUAUUAGCAUUCAAAUUAGCAUUUAAUUUGUAAUAUUUAAAAACAGACUAAAACAAAAAGUGAUAUUUGCCCCCCCCAAAAAAAAACAACCAGAAAAAACAUGUUUAGAGGUAUAUACUGAUCAAUUCAAAGUCAGUAAUGACCUACUUCUGGUAACAUUCAGUGCUGCCUCUGCUUCUGAUAACAUUCAAUGCUGCCUCUGCUUCUGAUAACAUUCAAUGCUGCCUCUGCUUCUGGUAACAUUCAAUGCUGCUUCUGGUAACAUUUAAUGCUGCUUCUGGUAGCAUUCAAUGAUGCUUCUGGUAACACUCAAUGAUGCUUCUGGUAACACUCAAUGAUGCUUCUGGUAACAUUUUAUGCUGCUUCUGGUAGCAUUCAAUGAUGCUUCUGGUAACACUCAAUGAUGCUUCUGGUAGCAUGCAUGCAUUGUUGUGUUACAGAUAUUAAUUGAAACAAUUAUGCAUAAUAAGAUAAAUUUCAAAUAGUAAUAUAAAUGAGAUCCAAAUUCUCAAAGGUGCUUCAUUGUGAAAACUAGGGCUGUUGGUACCUUCAAUCAAUUAGUUUUACAAUUUUUGGUCAUCCUAAGGAGACCUUAAUCAAUAUUAAGGCGAAAUUUAUUUCUUGAAACAAUGUCUAUAAUAAUAUAUGUGUAAUGUAUUGGCAAUUUUUUAUAUCACUGCAAUCCCUGACCUGUGUACUUGUGUAACUAAGUGAUAUUCAUAUACUCCCAACGAAUGGAAAAAAUGAGUGGAGUCUAUUACUCAAUCAUCUUUGUGAUAUUUUUAUUAUAUAUAUAUUAUAUGCCAAAGCAGCAAUGCAGAGUGAUUUUAUAAAAUAAAAAUGAUUCCUAUGC